UAACGAGGAUAGUUUUGUAAAAUUCGUUGUUGAACUUGAACCUGUUAAGCAGAUCAUAGAAGCACAAAGGAUUGCAGCAUCAAGUUGUCAUAAACAGAUAGAAUCACAAAGGAUUGUUCAGAACUUGAGUUAUUUCUGCAAGAUGGUGGAUGCAGUAGUAACUGUGUUCUUGGAGAAGCUGCUAGGAGCUCUGUCGGAGGAGAGCCGAAUUUUUAGUGAAUUCAGGGGCCAAUUCGAAACGUUACAAUCCGAACUCCAACUAAUGCAAAGCUUUCUCAAAGAUGCAGAGCGGCUCAAGAGGAAGAACAAGACCGUUCGCAGCAUCAUGGCGACUUUGCGAGAAUUGAUUUAUGAAGCCGAAGACAUACUAGCAGAUUGUCAACUUGACUCGAGAGAUGAUGGUCCGCUUUCGAGUGGUUGUUUCAUGUGCAUCUACCCUUCGAAAAUUCCAUUCCAAUAUCAAACCGGAAAGAGCCUUGCAGAAAUCAACCAAAAAAUUGGUAAUAUUAAGCAGAACAUUAUGUCGUACCUUGGAGUUCCACUUUUGAAUCAAGUGGAGCCAUUGGAUGCACAAAAUGACCUAUUGCCUAGAUGGAGCGGUCCUGUGUAUGAUCAUACGCAGGUCGUUGGUUUGGAAGGUGAUGCGAGUAAGAUCAAACAAUGGUUAUUUGAAGCUGACAAGGGCAUACUAGCCAUUGGAGUUGUGGGAAUGGGUGGACUUGGCAAGACUACUAUUGCUCAAAAAGUAUUUAAUGACAGGAAAAUUGAGGAGCGCUUCGAAAGAAGAAUAUGGGUAUCGGUUUCUCAAAAAUUCGAUGAAGAACAAAUCAUGAGAAGUAUUUUACGGAACUUGGGAGAUGCUAGUGUAGGAGACGACAAGGGUGAAUUAUUGAAGAAGAUAAAUGAAUAUCUUUUAGGCAAGAGGUAUUUGAUUGUGAUGGAUGAUGUGUGGAGCUUGGAUGUUGCUUGGUGGCUUAGAAUUUAUGAAGCAUUGCCAAAAGGAAAUGGAAGUAGUGUCAUCAUUACUACGAGGAUAGAGAAGGUUGCACAGAAGAUGGGAGUGAAGGAAGCAAGAUCACAUUGGCCCAAAUGCCUCAGCGAAGAUGAUAGUUGGCUGCUCUUUCGGAAGAUUGCAUUUGCGGCAAAUGGAGGUGAGUGUAUGUAUCCAGAGCUAGAAAAUGUUGGAAAGGAGAUUGUUGAGAAGUGUAAGGGCCUUCCACUAGCAAUCAAGGCGGUUGGAGGAAUAAUGCUUUGUAAACCAUCGCGCUAUCAUGAGUGGAGGCGAAUUGCAGACCAUUUUCGUGAUGAGUUAGCAGAAAAUGAUAACUCGGUUAUGGCUUCUCUACAAUUGAGUUACGAUGAACUUCCAUCUUACUUGAAGUCAUGCUUCCUCUGCUUGUCACUUUACCCGGAGGAUUGCAUCAUAGCCAAAGACCAGUUGGUCCAUUGGUGGCUUGGAGAAGGUUUUAUUCCUUUGAGAAGUGGUAGAUCAGCAAUUGCAGCAGGGGAAGAUUGCUUCUCAGGGCUAACAAAUCGAUGUUUGCUAGAAGUGAUCAACAAGACUUAUCAUGGAACAAUCUCCACGUGUAAAAUUCAUGACAUGGUACGCGAUGUGGUGAUAAAAAUGGCGGAAGAUGAUGCAUUUUUCAGACCGGAUGAUAGAAAUUGCCGCCAUUUGGGCAUUACAGGUAGUAUGCUUCAGAAGGACAAUCAUAAGUUGAGAGCAUUGUUGUCUACAACUAAGACCGGUGAAGUGAACAAGAUUGCUUCACACACUGCAAAGAAAUUUUGCAAGUCUAGAUACCUUCGCACAAUGGAUAUUUCGAGGUCAAUCUUCAGUAUGCCUCUCUCUAGUCUUUUACAUCAGAUUGGAUUUUUGCAGCACCUAACUUACCUUAACUUAAGCAACACGCAUCCAUUGGUUCAACUCCCGCCUUCUCUCGAAAAGCUUAACAACCUUCAGAUAUUGGAUGUCAGCUACUGUCAAAACUUAAAGGCAUUGCCUCCCUGCAUUGUGACAUUCAAGAAGUUAAGGGUUUUAGACAUAAGCAAUUGCGGUUCGCUCAAAUAUCUACCUAAAGGCUUGGGAAGGCUUUCAAAUCUUGAAGUGUUAUCAGGAUUCAAACCCGCCAAAUCAAGCCAGUUGGAAGGUUGCAGGAUCGGCGAGAUCAGAAAUUUAAUUCGACUUAGGACACUCGGGCUUCAACUAACCUGCUCCGAUGAGAUUGGAGAUACUGAGGUCAAUGUGUUGAUAAAUCUACAAGAACUGCAGCAUCUGUCAAUAAGUUGUUUCGAUAGUCACAACAAUGAUGAUCUCGUCACCAAGCUUGACAAGUUGUUCCCUCCUCAGCAGCUCCAUGAGCUGAGUCUAAAGUUUUAUCCCGGACAGAUUAGUCCAGUCUGGCUCAAUCCCAUCUCGCUUCCUAUUUUGAGGUACCUUUCGAUAUCAUCGGGCAAUCUUGAGAAGAUGAAUGAAAGGUUUUGGGGGCUUAAUGACAAUGCUGUUUGGAAAAUUGAGGGCUUAAUGUUGGAAUCUCUUUCGGAUUUCCACGAAGAAUGGGCUAGGGUUGGACAAGUUAUGCCGGCGUUAAGAGUUGUAAUUGUAAGUUGGUGUCCGGAGUUGGUGUCUUUUCCGAUUGAGGAUGUCGGGUUUAGAGGUGGUGUCUGGAAGGAAGAAACGAAAACAUGAAAACUUCAUGUGCCAUUGUUGGAAUUCUAGUAAAUGUUCAGUUCAGUUUUCCUUCUUGUGAAUAAUCAUAUGAGGCUAUGAACAUAUCUUCGUGUUAUAUGUUGCGUUGAUGUCAUCGUUCAUUUGUUACAUUGUGUAAAUCGUUUGGUUUUCUGUUCA